AUGUUGUCAAAGCCAAUUUCCCCACCAAUGAAAUCUACUGGUGAUAAAUUAAUGACUUUAGAAACUAAAGAUGGAAUUUCUUUACAAGGUUAUUCUUUCGGUGCUUCAAAGUCAAUUAGUGGUGAAGUUGUUUUCCAAACCGGUAUGGUUGGUUACCCAGAAUCAAUCACCGAUCCUUCUUAUGAAGGUCAAAUUUUAGUUAUUACUUAUCCAUUAGUUGGUAAUUAUGGUGUUCCAUCAAGAGAUUUAAAAGAUGAUGAUGUUCCAGAUUUACCAAAAUAUUUUGAAAGUAAUAAAAUUCAUAUUGCUGGGUUAGUUGUUGCUCAUUAUACUGAAGAAUAUAGUCAUUAUUUAGCUGAAAGUUCUUUAGGUAAAUGGUUGCAACAAGAAGGUAUUCCAGCUAUCUAUGGUAUUGAUACCAGAGCUUUAACUAAAAGAUUAAGAGAAAAUGGUUCAACUUUAGGUAGAUUAUGUUACCAAAAACCUGAAAGUUCUCAUGAUGCAAUUCUCGCUGAUUCUGAAUGGGUUAAACAUUUCGAUAUUCCUGAAUGGGAUGAUCCAAAUGUUAAAAAUUUAGUUGACAAAGUUUCAGUUAAAGAACCAAAAGUUUAUGAACCAAAACAACCAAAAUUGGAUAAAAAUGGUAAUAAAAUUAGAAUUUUAGCUAUUGAUGUUGGUCUUAAAUUCAAUCAAAUCAGAUGUUUCGUCAGAAGAGGUGUUGAAUUAAAAGUUGUUCCUUGGAAUCAUGAUAUUUCAACUGAAAAAUAUGAUGGUUUAUUCAUUUCAAAUGGUCCAGGGGAUCCUUCAGUUAUGCAAUCAACUGUUGAACAAAUCAAAAAAGUUUUAGAUGGUAAAAAUGUUCCAGUUUUCGGUAUUUGUCUUGGUCAUCAAUUAAUGGCUAGAGCUACUGGUGCUUCAACUUUGAAAUUGAAAUUCGGUAAUAGAGGUCAUAAUAUUCCUUGUACUUCAACCAUUAGCGGUAGAUGUUACAUUACUUCACAAAAUCAUGGUUAUGCUGUUGAUACUGAAACUUUAUCCAAUGGUUGGAAAGAAUUAUUUGUCAAUGCUAAUGAUGGUUCAAAUGAAGGUAUUUAUCAUGAAUCUUUACCUUUCUUUUCCGUUCAAUUCCAUCCAGAAUCUACUCCAGGUCCAAGAGAUACUGAAUUCUUAUUUGAUGUUUUCAUCAAUACUGUUGUUGAUUACAAAAAUGACAAAAUCUUAAAAGCUGUUGAAUUCCCAGGUGGUAAAUUAGCUGAUAAUUUAGCUUUACACCCAAGAGUUGAAGUUAAAAAAGUUUUGGUUUUAGGUUCAGGUGGUUUAUCUAUUGGUCAAGCUGGUGAAUUCGAUUAUUCUGGUUCUCAAGCUAUUAAAGCUUUAAAAGAAGAAGGUAUUUAUACUGUUUUAAUUAAUCCUAAUAUCGCUACCAUUCAAACUUCAAAAGGUUUAGCUGAUAAAGUUUAUUUCUUACCAGUCACCCCCGACUUUGUAAGAAAAGUUAUCCAAUUUGAAAAACCUGAUGGUAUUUAUUGUACCUUCGGUGGUCAAACCGCUUUAAAUGUUGGUAUUAAAUUAAAAGAUGAAUUUGAAGGUUUAGGUGUUAAAGUCUUAGGUACUCCAAUUGAUACUGUUAUUACUACUGAAGAUAGAGAAUUAUUUGCUCAAGCUAUGGAACAAAUUAAUGAAAAAUGUGCUAGAUCUGAAGCUGUUAAUAAUGUUGAAGAAGCUAUUGAUGCUGCCAAUGCUAUUGGAUAUCCUUUAAUUGUUAGAGCUGCUUUCGCUUUAGGUGGUUUAGGUUCAGGUUUCGCUGAUAACCAAGAAGAAUUAGUUGCUUUAUGUACUAAAGCUUUUGCUACUUCACCUCAAGUUUUAGUUGAAAGAUCAAUGAAAGGUUGGAAAGAAGUUGAAUAUGAAGUUGUCAGAGAUGCUUAUGACAAUUGUAUUACUGUUUGUAAUAUGGAAAACUUUGAUCCUUUGGGUAUUCAUACUGGUGAUUCUAUUGUUGUUGCCCCAUCUCAAACUUUAAGUGAUGAAGAUUACAAUAUGUUAAGAACCACUGCUGUUAAUGUUAUUAGACAUUUAGGAGUUGUUGGUGAAUGUAACAUUCAAUAUGCUUUAAAUCCUUUCUCCAAAGAAUAUUGUAUUAUUGAAGUUAAUGCCAGAUUAUCAAGAUCUUCAGCUUUAGCUUCUAAAGCUACUGGUUAUCCAUUAGCUUAUACUGCUGCCAAAUUAGGUUUAAACAUUCCAUUAAAUGAAAUCAAAAAUUCCGUUACUAAAUCUACUUGUGCUUGUUUCGAACCUUCAUUAGAUUAUGUUGUUGUUAAAAUUCCAAGAUGGGAUUUAAAGAAAUUCACCAGAGUUUCUUCAUUAUUAUCAUCAUCAAUGAAAUCUGUUGGUGAAGUUAUGUCAAUUGGUAGAACCUUCGAAGAAGCUAUUCAAAAGGCUAUUAGAUCAACUGAUUACCACAAUUUAGGUUUUAACAAGACUAAUGCUUUGAUGAGUAUUGAUAUUGAUGCUGAAUUACAAACUCCUUCUGAUCAAAGAUUAUUCGCCAUUGCUAAUGCUUUCAGUGAUGGUUAUAGUGUCGAUAAAGUUUGGAAAUUGACUAAUAUCGAUAAAUGGUUCUUAAACAAAUUACACGAUUUAAUCAAAUUUGGUAAUUACAUUAGUUCAUUCGGUACCAAAGAAAAAUUACCAAUGGACACUUUGAAACAAGCUAAACAAUUAGGUUUUGAAGAUCGUCAAAUUGCCUUAUUCUUAAAUUCUAAUGAAGUUGCUAUCAGAAGAUUAAGAAAAGAAAAUGGUAUUGUUCCAUUUGUGAAACAAAUUGAUACUGUUGCUGCAGAAUUCCCGGCUUUCACCAAUUAUUUAUAUAUUACUUAUAAUGCUGAUGCAUCCGAUGUUAAAUUCGAUGACCAUGGGGUUAUCGUUUUAGGUUCAGGGGUUUAUAGAAUUGGAUCUUCAGUUGAAUUCGAUUGGUGUGCUGUUAGAGCCAUUAGAACUUUAAGAGAAAGUGGUACUAAGACUAUUAUGAUCAAUUAUAAUCCAGAAACCGUUUCUACCGAUUAUGAUGAAGCUGAUAGAUUAUAUUUCGAAACCAUUAACUUGGAAAGAGUCUUAGAUAUUUAUGAUUUAGAACAAUCUUCAGGGGUUAUUAUCUCCAUGGGUGGUCAAACUUCUAACAAUAUUGCUUUACCAUUAUACAGACAAAAUGUUAAAAUCUUAGGUACUUCACCAGAAAUGAUUGAUUCAGCUGAAAAUAGAUAUAAAUUCUCCAGAAUGUUGGACAAAAUCGGUGUUGAUCAACCAGCUUGGAAAGAAUUAACUUCCAUUGAUGAAGCCGAAAAAUUCGCUGAAGAUGUUACUUAUCCAGUUUUAGUUCGUCCAUCUUAUGUUUUAUCAGGGGCUGCUAUGAAUACUGUUUAUUCAAGAGAUGAUUUAGCUUCAUAUUUAUCACAAGCUGUUGAUGUUUCACCAGAUUAUCCAGUUGUUAUUACCAAAUAUAUUGAAAAUGCCAAAGAAAUUGAAAUGGAUGCUGUUGCUAAGAAUGGUGAAAUGAUCAUGCAUGUUGUUUCUGAACAUGUUGAAAAUGCCGGUGUCCAUUCAGGUGAUGCCACUUUAAUUGUUCCACCUCAAGAUUUAGAUCCAGAAACUGUCAGAAGAAUUGUCGAAGCUACUGCUAAAAUCGGUAAAGCUUUAGAUAUUACUGGUCCUUACAACAUUCAAUUCAUUGCUAAAGAUAAUGAUAUUAAAGUUAUUGAAUGUAAUGUUAGAGCUUCAAGAUCUUUCCCAUUCAUUUCUAAAGUUGUUGGUACUGAUUUAAUUGAAAUGGCCACUAAAGCUAUCAUGGAUUUCCCAGUUACUCCUUACCCAACUGAAAAAUUACCUGAAGAAUAUUGUGCUGUUAAAGUUCCACAAUUUUCUUUCUCAAGAUUAGCUGGUGCUGAUCCUGUCUUAGGUGUUGAAAUGGCUUCCACUGGGGAAGUUGCUACUUUUGGUAAAAACAAAUAUGAAGCUUAUUUGAAAUCAUUGAUCUCAACUGGUUUCAAAUUACCAAAGAAGAAUAUCUUAUUUUCUAUUGGUUCAUACAAAGAGAAACAAGAAUUAUUACCAUCUAUUAAGAAAUUACAUGAAUUAGGUUAUAAGAUCUUUGCCACUGCUGGUACUGCUGAUUUCAUUAAAGAACACUCAAUUCCUGUUCAUUACUUAGAAGUUUUAGAUAAAGGAGAAGAUCAAAAAUCUGAAUAUUCUUUAACUCAACAUUUAGCUAAUAAUUUAAUUGAUUUAUAUAUCAAUUUACCAUCAGCUAACAGAUUUAGAAGACCUGCUUCUUAUAUGUCUAAAGGUUAUGAAUCUCGUAGAAUGGCUGUUGAUUUCUCCAUUCCUUUAGUUACUAACGUCAAAUGUGCUAAAUUAUUGGUUGAAGCUAUUGCUAGAGAUAUCAAAUUAGAAGUUACUAACUUAGAUGCUCAAACUUCUCAUAAAGUUGUUGAAUUACCAGGUUUAAUUAACAUCACUUCAUUCUUAGGUGAUUUUAAUGAAAUCGAUUCUCAAACCAAACAAUCAUUAAUCAAUGGUUUCACCUAUAAUUCUUAUUUACCUCAAACUUUACAAGGUCCAGUUAUUGUUGAUAGUGAAUCAUUAAAUGAAGCUAUCUCAACUGCUUCCAACACUUCAUACACUGAUUACUCAAUCUCAAUUGCUGGUUUAGCUUCUAAUUAUGAAGAUGCUGCUGAUGCUGCUAGAGAUGCUGGUUCAUUAUUCUUACCAUUUAAUGAAUUUGCUCCAUCAAAUGUUUCAUCAAUUUCUGCUCACUUUGGUUCAUGGCCUGAUUAUAAACCAAUUAUUACUGAUGCUAAAACUACUGAUUUAGCUUCUGUAUUAUUAUUGGCUUCAUUACAUUCCAGAUCAAUUCAUAUUACUGGAGUUUCAUCUAAAGAAGAUUUAGAAUUAAUCAAAAUGGCUAAGAAUAAGAAUUUACAAGUUACUUGUGAUAUUUCAGUAUUAUCAUUAUUCUUAUCACAAAAAGAUUAUCCUGAAUUUACUUUCUUACCAACAGUUGAAGAUCAAACUGCUUUCUGGAACAAUUUAGAACACAUUGAUUGUUUCUCUAUUGGUACUUUACCAUAUAUCUUUGCUAAGGCUAAAGGUAUUGAAUUCACUGAUUUUGGUAUUAAAGAAAUUUUACCAUUAUUAUUAACUGCUGUUAAACAAGGUAAAUUAUCAGUUGAUUCAAUCAUUGAACAUUUCCAUGAUGCUCCAGUUAGAAUCUUCAACUUACCAAAACAAGAUGCUACUGUUGAAAUUGAUUUAGAUAGAACUGUUCAAGUCAGUGAAUUUACUGGUGAAAGAUUAAAUGGUUACAUCAAUAGAGUUUCUAUUCAUGAUAAUACUGUUGUCUUAGAUGGUAAAGUCAUUAUUGCUGAAGCUACUGGUAAAUAUGAAGUUGAAACUACUUCAAGAGCUAGAUUUGGUUCAGUUACUCCUUCUUCACCAAUCUUGAAUAGAAAAGCUAGAAGUUCAUUUGGUGAUGGUAGAAGACCUUCAAUGACUAGUCAUUUCGAACAAGCUGAAUUUGAAAAAAUCGGUAAAGAAUUAGUUAGUCAACCACCAGUUUCUGGUUUAGGUGAAACUAAUGCUUUAAUUAAUUAUAUCAGAAAGAACAACACUUUCUUAAGAAACAAUGUUUUAUCAGUUAAAGAUAUUACUAGAUCCGAUUUACAUUCAUUAUUCACUGUUGCUCAAGAAAUGAGAUUAUCAGUUGAAAGAAGAGGUGUUUUAGAUAUCUUAAAUGGUAGAGUUUUAGCUACUAUGUUCUAUGAACCAUCAACUAGAACUUCAUCAUCAUUUGAUGCUGCUAUGCAAAGAUUAGGUGGUAGAGUUGUUGCCGUUGUUACUGAUGCUUCAUCUGUUAAAAAAGGUGAAACUUUACAAGAUACUAUUAGAUCAUUAGCUUGUUAUGCUGAUGCUAUUGUCUUAAGACAUCCAGAAGAACAAUCUGCUGAUAUUGCUGCUAAAUAUUCUCCAGUUCCAAUUAUCAAUGGUGGUAAUGGUACUAAAGAACAUCCUACUCAAGCUUUAUUAGAUUUAUUCACUAUUAGAGAAGAAUUAGGUACUGUCAAUGGUAUUACUGUUACUUUCAUGGGUGAUUUGAAAUAUGGUAGACCAGUUCAUUCAUUAUGUCAUUUAUUAAGACACUAUCAAGUUAGAAUUCAAUUAGUUUGUCCAAAAGAAUUGGCCUUACCUGAAUCUAUCAAACAAAUGUUAAAAGAAAAUAACAUGUUAGUAUUAGAAAGUGAAGAAUUAACUCCAGAAAUCAUUGCUAAAUCAGAUGUCUUGUAUUGUACUAGAGUUCAAAGUGAAAGAUUCUCUGAUCCUGCUGAAUACAAUAGAUUAAAAGAUACUUAUAUCGUUGAUAAUAAGAUCUUAUCUCAUGCUAAACAACAUAUGUGUGUUAUGCAUCCAUUACCAAGAACUAGUGAAAUCAGAGAAGAAGUCGAUUUCGAUCAAAGAGCUGCUUACUUUAGACAAAUGAGAUAUGGUUUAUUCGUUAGAAUGGCUUUAUUAGCUAUGGUUAUUGGUGUUGAUUUCUGA